AUGGACAAAGCACGAGCACAUCGAGCUAAACAGGAGCUCCAGUCGGAGCGUGACAAGCUCCUGAAGCGGGGUACCGCUCGCGUCAGCAACGCAGCCGCCAAUGCAGGUGAUGGCAAGGACCAGGCGCGAGCCCUCGUCUGGACCUGCGCACUCAUCGUCCCCGCAGUGAUUGCCUAUGUCUCCAUUAUGCUCGCGUGGUUUUUCAUGUUCCACAGCUCGAUUGUGAAGUUUCUGGCCUUAUUCCUCAGUUUCCUCCUACUUGGCCUUGUCCUGGCGCUUCUGAGCUUCAAGUGGCUCACGGGCAGGGCCCGACCCUGGCUCUGGUGGAUGGGCUUCUGGAUCGGUCAGGCGGCGUUGGCCGCGCUGGUCAUCGGGUUCUUUGUGUACUACCGGAACCUGGUGUACUACUGGAAGUACCAGGAGAUGCGGAGCUACACCAACGUCGCCGCAGCCCAGGAUGAUGCUGCCGCUGAUCCCUGA